AUGUAUCGGCAAUUCCUUCGUCAACUAACAUCAUUUACAAUCAAGACACCAUCUUAUCCAUUUCAAAAUGUUGUCGCACGCAUGACAACAUAUCAUAGUUCAUUUCCGGCGAUAGCAAAACCAGCACCUGAAUUCAAAGGCCAAGCAGUCAUUAAAGGACACUUCAAAGAUAUACAAUUAUCGGAUUAUAAAGGCAAAUAUGUUGUAUUAUUUUUCUAUCCGUUAGAUUUCACAUUUGUUUGCCCUACGGAACUUGUUGCGUUUAAUGACCGUAUUGAUGAAUUUCGUAAUCUUAAUACACAAGUUAUUGGUUGUAGUACUGAUUCAGUACAUAGUCAUCUUGCUUGGAUAAAUACGCCAAGAAAAAAAGGAGGUCUCGGUGGUCUUAAAUAUCCAUUAUUAAGUGAUUUUUCCAAAGAAAUUACACGACGUUAUGGUAUUUUAAUUGAUGAUAACGGUGGUAUUGCCCUUCGGGGUUUAUUUAUUAUUGAUAAAGAACACAUAUUGCGGCAAAUAACAAUAAAUGAUUUACCAGUGGGUCGCUCCGUUGAUGAAACUCUGCGCCUUAUAAAAGCUUUGCAAUAUGUUGAACAAUACGGUGAAGUAUGUCCUGCGGAUUGGAACGAAAAAACGAAUCCUCAUACGAUUAAACCUGAUCCAGUUAAAUCAAAAGAAUAUUUUGAUAAACAAGAAUAA